AUGCAGCUGAACCAACCCCGCAGUCACCCCACUUCCUUCUCCACCCAGUUCAGCACCAUGAGGUUCUCCUACCACCUCCACAGCGCCCCCUGCAGGACAGGCCCCGCCUCCUCCACCAGCCCCACCCUGCUGGCUAAGAGCCUCUCUCUGGAGCCGUCCUGCUCUCCAUGUGGCCACCAGGGGGCGCUGGACGCUGACGCUCCCCUGCAGCCCGACUCGGACCCGGGGUCGGAGGGAGGGGCAGAGCCGGCGGAGAGCGGCGGAUCCGUGAAUGACACGGGGCCACCAGAGCUGCCAGUAACCACGGUAACGGCGCCAAACCGGACCCGUCCGCCACUGCCGGGGCCCAAACCUCAGGUUCCCCCAAAGCCCCCCCACCUGCAGCAGCAAGCAGGAGUCAUGAGGCCACGCCCCCGAGUCCCGGAGAAAUCCCUCCCACCGCCGCCCCCCUGCAGGCCCCUCCCUGCUGACCCGGGGGGCUGGACCCCCCCCAGCCGGGCCGACGGCACCGUCCCCACCUGCGUCCUGUCGCUCAUCGAGAAGUUUGAGCGCGAGCAGAUCAUCGUGGUGCCGGACAUCACCGGGGGGGCGCUGUGCCCCCGCCCACUGGACCCUGCCUCCCCCCGGUCUUCAUCACCUCCAUCCUCUGCCUCGCCUGUCCCCCCCCAACCCGGGGGGGCGGAGCCACCCAGUGACUUCACAGAGAAGGAUGACAUCACGCAAGGGGCUGACCUAUGUGAUGAAGAUGAUGAGGAGGAUGAAGAGCUAGCGGCGGCCUGCCGGGACGACGUCCAUCACAAGCGUCUGUCCAUGGAGUCGGGCUACAGCGCCUCAGACAAACCGCUGGAGGACGAGGCGGUCACCAUGGACACGGAGGAGCAGCAGCCUCCGGACCAAUCAGAGCUGCCCUCCGAGUGCCUGUCCCUCCCCUCUUCGCAGACGGACGGGAAGUUGGCCAAUCGGGACAGCGGCAUUGACAGCAUCAGCUCGCCGUCGCACAGCGAGGAGCUCUGCUUCGUCGGCGUGGACGACGUGGGCGUGGCCUAUACCUGCAGCCCCGCCCUGUUGCCCCGCCUCUCCAGCUCCUCGUCCACCGCUGGGGAGGUGGGAGAGGGGGAGGAGGCUCGGGCGGGGGCGAGGAGGAGGGACUUCUCUGAGGAAGGGGACAGCGACCUGGAGGAGGAGGCGGAGCUAACUCUGGUUUUGGCCCCGCCCAAACCGGACCGCCAGGAAUCCCUGGAGCUGUCCGUCCAUCAGCGGGUUUUCAACAUCGCCAAUGAGCUUCUCCUCACCGAGACCGCCUACGUGUCCAAGCUCCACCUGUUGGACCAGGUGUUCUGCGCCCGCCUGCUUGAGGAGGCGCGCUGCCGCUCCUCGUUCCCCUGUGACGUGGUUCAGGGAAUCUUCUCCAACAUUUGCUCCAUCUACUGCUUCCACCAGCAGUUCCUGCUGCCGGCGCUGCAGAAACGCAUGGAGGAGUGGGACUCCAACCCGCGGAUCGGCGACAUCCUGCAGAAGCUGGCUCCCUUCCUUAAGAUGUACGGAGAGUAUGUGAAGAAUUUUGACCGAGCCAUGGAGCUGGUGAACAUGUGGAUGGAGAGGUCCGCUCCGUUCAAGGCCAUCAUCCAGGAGAUCCAGAGGGAGGAGCGCUGUGGGAACCUGACGCUGCAGCACCACAUGCUGGAGCCGGUGCAGAGGAUACCCCGCUACGAGCUGCUGCUCAAGGAUUACCUGAACCGCCUCCCGGAGGACGCCCCGGACCACCGGGACGCCCAGAAGUCUCUGGAGCUGAUCGCCACGGCUGCAGAACACUCCAAUGCCGCCAUUAGGAAGAUGGAGCGAAUGAGGAAGCUGCUGAAGGUUUAUGAGCUUCUGGGUGGAGAGGAAGACAUCGUCAACCCGACCAAUGAACUCAUCAAGGAGGGACACAUCCUCAAGCUGUCCAAUAAGAAUGGAACUACGCAGGACCGAUACCUGAUCCUGUUCAACGACCGGCUGCUGUACUGCGUCCCCAAGCUGCGCCUGAUUGGUCAGAAGUACAGCGUCCGCGCUCGCAUCGAUGUGGACGGCAUGGAGCUUAAAGAGACCAGUAGUGUUGCUGUUCCCAGCAGAACCUUCCUGGUGUCUGGAAAACAGAGAUCUCUGGAGCUGCAGGCCAGAACGGAGGAAGAGAAAAAGGACUGGAUCCAGGCCAUCCAGGCCACCAUCCAGCGCCAUGAACAGACCAUGGAGAGCUUCAGACACCUCACCUGUUCUCUGCGAGACGACGAGUCCACGCCGCCCCACUCCCCGAGCUGCGUGGAGUUGGGAAAACGAGCGCCAACUCCGAUCCGGGAGAAGGAAGUGACUCUGUGCAUGAAGUGCCAGGAGCCGUUCAACUCCAUCACCAAGAGACGCCACCACUGCAAAGCCUGCGGACAUGUGGUUUGUGGCAAAUGCUCGGAGUUUCGCGCUCGCUUGUCGUACGACAACAACCGGACCAACCGCGUCUGCGUGGACUGCUACGUGAUGCUGGUGGGGGCGUCGCCGUCGUCCGGGGCGAUGAGCAGCAGCAGCCAUAGGAGGCGCUCCAUCCUGGAGAAACAGGCAUCGCUGGCCGCAGAGAACAGUGUGAUUUGCAGUUUUCUUCACCACAUGGAGAAGGGCGGGGGGCGGGGCUGGCAGAAGGCGUGGUUCGUCAUCCCGGAGAACGAGCCGCUGGUGCUCUACGUCUACGGCGCUCCACAGGUGAGCCUCCAUCACCUGGGCCCCUACAGGAGGCUGCAGGAUGUGAAGGCACAGCGCAGCAUCCCUCUGAUUGGCUUCGAGGUCUCGCCGCCGGAGUCAUGUGACCGCCUGGAGCGACGCCACGCCUUCAAGAUCUCCCAGAGUCACCUGACUCUCUACUUCAGUGCAGAAGGGGAGGAGCUACAGCGCAGGUGGAUGGAUGUCCUGUCCAGGGCCGGCAGGGGGGAGGAGCCUCUCAUCCAUCUGCCAAUCGUGGAGAGCGUGGAGGAGGAAGGGGAGGAGCUCGAUGGCGAGGCGGAAGGAGAAAACACCUGAUUUCACUGGAGUGAAGAUGAAGAUGAGGCCGAAUCUGGAAAACAUGUCCUGGUUGGACCGAAGAAAAAACACAGCCAGAACCAAACCCGAGUUAAUCCAGAACCAAACCCGAGUUAAUCCAGAACCAAACCCGAGUUAAUCCAGAACCAAACCCGAGUUAAUCCAGAACCAAACCCGAGUUAAUCCAGAACUAAGUUCCCAAACAGACCAGGUCAACCAGAACAAAUAGAAAUAAUCUAUAAUUUACCCAAAACAAACCACAACUGACCUACAACAAACCCAGAAACAAAACAGGAGAAAUCUCUCGAUAAUUCACAUUUCAUCCAAAAUAAAUCCAUAAAUAAUCUGUAACUAAUAAACACAUCAUUUUACUGAAACAAAAAGUGAAGAUCAGAACCAGAACAAAUUCAGAACCUGAACACAAACCAGCAGCCAAUCCAGAAACAUGAAUAUAAUGCUAGAAAAUAAGAUCAGAUCGAAAGCACUAGAACCACAGGAACCAGAACUCAUCCGGACCGGUUCUGGUUCUGAUCCGGACCACAUCUUGUUCUGGUUCUGGCCAGCAUAGUCCAGAAAAGCAACACAUCAAGAUCAGAAACAGUCCCAGACGACCCGGUGAAGUUCUGCGCUUCUUUGGACCCGACCCCAAGAACCGGAACCCCAAAGCACACAGAAGAGUCCGCUCCAGAGUCUCCGGAUCCGACCCAGAUCGUCCUCUUUAGAGGAAGCUGCUCCUCUUCCUCUAUGUUCUGUAUGACUUUCUGCUGGAGGUCCAGAUCCAGACUGGAUCGGAUCGGAUCCUGGGAGAACUGGGUCACCGAAGGUCAGGCUGGUGAGACCGCGCCGGUCCGGUCUCAUCCCAGAAAGUUUUCACACCUUCACAGAACUUCCUGCAGUACCAACCUAAAAAGCACAAAACGGGCCCAGAGUUCUGCUAAGCAGCUUCUGUCUCACAUUCCUGAGGAUCCGAAGAUCUGAAGGUCUGGUCCAACAAACAGCAGGGAACCAGAACCUGACCAGAACCACAGAUUCCUCCACCUCACAGGCUAGAACCGAUCCAUCCCACUGGACUGGCAGGAGGUUCUUCAGAACCGGAACCAUGGAGGAGAACUACAUUUCCCAGCAUCCUCUCCCCCUGCUGGUGAGGUUGGGCACAGCAGGGUUCCUGUUCUCUGAAUUUAUUUCUUUUUGUUUACAGCAGAUCUCUGAUUUACUUCUUUUUCUUCAAAAAAUGACAAAAUGAAACGUGGAACUGUUUAAUAUUUAAUGUUGGAGAUGAAAGGUAAUUUAUAAACUGAGUUUUAUGAGUUGGAGAAAUCUUUAGAAAUUAAGGAAAUAUCAACUUUUUAUGUGAUUUUAUAAAAACUUUGUUUUAUUUGGUUUUAAUGAUCAGAGUAAUGAUGUAAGACAUGAUGUCAUCUCCAGUCUUUUGGAGCAGCUGAUUGGCAGGAACACUGACCAAUCAGAGCAGAGAUUGGUUAUUCACUGGCAGGAUUCAGUCUUUGGCCGUUUCCUGACAGAAGAACCUGAUGGAGGAACGAUGAUGAUGAUGAUGAGGAUGAUGAUGAUGAUGACGAGGAUGAUGAUGGUGAUGAUAAGGAGGAUGAUGAUGAUGACGAGGAUGAUGAUGAUGAUGGUAAUGAUUAUCAUGAUGAUGAUGAUGAUAAGGAUGAUGAUGGUAA